AUGGAAAAUUUUUCAAAAGUAGAGAAAAUUGGUGAGGGUACUUAUGGAGUCGUUUACAAAGCCAAGGAUAGAUUAACUGGAAAUGAAAUUGCACUAAAGAAAAUUAAACUAGAGAAUGAACCAGAGGGCGUCCCGUCGACGGCGCUGCGAGAGAUCUCAGUGCUGCGCGAGCUGCGGCACCCCGCCGUCGUGCGCCUGCUCGACGUACUGCUCGCCGACAGCAAACUGUUUCUGGUCUUUGAAUUUCUUCACAUGGAUCUAAAGCGACUCAUGGAUAUCACCAAGGGACCACUUCGCCUCGAUCUCGUGAAGAGCUACCUGCGGCAGUUGCUGGAGGGCGUGGCGUACUGCCACGCGGCGCGCGUGCUGCACCGCGACCUCAAGCCGCAGAACUUGCUGGUGGACGCCGACGGACACAUCAAGCUCGCCGACUUCGGCCUGGCGCGCGCCUUCGGCAUCCCCGUGCGCGCCUACACGCACGAGGUCGUCACGCUGUGGUACCGCGCGCCCGAGAUACUGCUCGGCGCCAAGUUCUACUCCACCGCCGUCGACGUCUGGAGCCUCGCCUGCAUCUUCGCAGAGAUGGCGAGCGGGCGCACGCUGUUCCCGGGCGACAGCGAGAUCGACCAGCUGUUCCGCGUGUUCCGCGCGCUCGGCACGCCCGGCCAGCGACUGUGGGCGGGCGCGCGCCGACUGCCCGAGUACCGCGCCGCCUUCCCGCGCUGGCCGGCGCGGCCCGCGCGCGCGCUGCUGCCCGAGCCGCUGCGGCGCGACGCGGCGGCGGCGGCGCUGUUCGAGGCCAUGCUGCGCUACGAGCCGGCCGAGCGCGUGCCGGCGCGCGCGGCGCUGGCGCAUGCGUACGUGGCGGACGCGCGCCUGACGCCGCCCGACCUGCCGUCGCGCGCCUGA